CGCCUGUACUGCUCCUCCCAGCAAGUUCUGUGUCAGAUCAUCGCUGACCUCGGCCCUGAGAUGCCCAGCAAUGUCACUUCUCACAGCUGGCAGGAGAGGUUCAGGCAGAGCUACAGCUUCUACGUCGGCCUGGGGCUGGCCUUCCUGUCCAGCUUCCUCAUCGGCAGCAGCGUCAUCCUCAAGAAGAAAGGCCUCCAGCGACUGGUGGCCUCGGGGGCCACGCGGGCAGUGGACGGAGGCUACGGCUACCUGAAGGACGCGAUGUGGUGGGCUGGAUUUCUCACCAUGGCUGCUGGAGAAGUCGCCAACUUCGGGGCCUACGCGUUUGCUCCUGCAACAGUUGUCACACCUCUGGGAGCACUGAGUAUCCUCAUAAGCGCCAUCCUUUCCUCCUAUUUCCUGGGAGAGAGUCUGAACCUGCUGGGAAAGCUGGGCUGUGUGAUCUGUGUGGCCGGCAGCACCGUGAUGGUGAUACACGCCCCCGAGGAAGAGAGGAUCACCACCGUCAUGGAGAUGGCUGCCAAGAUGAAGGACACAGGGUACAUCGUGUUUGCCGUGCUUCUGCUGGUGUUCUGCCUCAUCCUCAUCUUCGUCAUCGCCCCACGCUACGGACAGAGGAACAUCCUCAUUUACAUCAUCAUCUGCUCUGUGAUCGGAGCCUUCUCUGUGUCCGCCGUCAAGGGCCUGGGCAUCACCAUUAAAAACUUCUUCCAGGGGAUGCCCGUAGUGCGGCACCCUCUCCCCUACAUCCUGUCCCUCAUCCUGGCACUUUCGCUCAGCACUCAGGUCAAUUUCCUCAACAGGGCGCUGGACAUUUUUAACACCUCCCUGGUGUUCCCCAUCUACUACGUGUUCUUCACCACAAUGGUGGUUGCCUCCUCCGUCGUCCUCUUCAAGGAGUGGUACAGUAUGUCUGCCGUGGACAUUGCGGGCACCUUGUCUGGCUUUGUCACCAUCAUCCUGGGUGUGUUCAUGCUUCAUGCUUUCAAAGACCUGGACAUCAGCCAGACCAGCCUGCCACACAUGCACAAAAAUCCCACCCCACCCCCAGCCCCAGAGCCCAGUGUCACUAGACGUGAAGACAAGAAUGUCCUCGUGGACAGUAUAGAACUCUGCAGCACCCCAUCACCAGAAGAGAAGCCCAGAGUAUUUACAAUCCAUUCGUAAAGCUUGGAAUACAUGAGUGAGCAGAGGAGCCCUAUGGUACUGUCAGUUCAGAGCUACCUGGUUAUUCUCAGCACAGCUCUUACCAGUGGGCUCUUUUCUUGAGACAGUCAUUUAUACCUCAUCACUGUUUCCAGGAGAAAAAUCCCUACCCAGUGAAUGGUGGUGGCAAAACUUCCUGGAAACACAGCCUCAGUGACCAAAUAUCCUACUUGACGUUGGUGCCAGCAGGUCCCCUGGACCACCUUCCCACUUGUUUCCUUGGUGCCAUCUCUGUGUCGUUGGGAAGAAGACAGAAUUUGACCUGUUGAAUGUAGCAGCACAAGCCAAGAACCUCCCUGAAAUGUUGGUCAUCAGGAAACCCUUAGCACUAGUUCUCCUCCUGAGACUGACUCACAGUUCCUGAGCCCGAGGAUGGUGUGCAGCUGGCGCCCAGAGGCCAUG